UGCUCCUAGGGUCCUGAGGAGUCAUCGUUGAACCGCGCGCUUCAUCGCGGAAUUGACAACAACCCGUUCUAUAUAACGGGAUAUUUCCGCCCUAGUAACUGUUUAUGAACAUUUCAGGUUAAUUUUUGUCUGCUGUAUUAGUCGGACACAGCCCGGAAUCAUCGAUAGUAUGUCUCUCGAUGAGAAGAAAGUAGGGGGUGUAGUGGCGGGACCUGUUGGAGGAACAGAUCCAUUGCCAUUCGCCGAAAAUCCAGAGGCGCCGGAAGUUCAAGCCGAGAAUCAAGACAGCGAAACCGAAAAACGACUCGCGCGACUCUAUGAGCAAUACGGUGCGACGUGGGACGGACCCGAUGAUCCAGAAGACCCAUACAAUUGGCCCGAAUGGCGGAAGGUCAUAAUUGGCAUCAUCUUUUCUGUCGGCCAGCUUGUCACAUUGAUGUCGGCGUCAAUCAUAGCUGCCGCUCUCGGGAAUAUAUCGCAUGAUUUAGGCAUUGACGCGUCGACUGCCCAAAUCACACUUUCUAUUUAUUUCCUUGGCUUAGCGUUCGGUCCAUUCUUCGUCGCUGCUUUAGGUGAGAUGAAUGGCAGGAAGACUACCUGGGUGGCCAGCAAUAUUUGGUAUAUCCUUUGGAACGCGUUAUGUCCGGUUGGUAAAUCAGAAGCCUUGAUGAUCAUUGGCAGAUUUCUUGCCGCUACAGGAGCUUCGGCUGGUAUCAUACUUACUGGGCCUACCAUGGCGGACAUGUACCGAGCCAAGGACCGAGGGAGGUCAUUAGCCAUAGCAUCUUUCCUCCCCUACCUUGGGCCGGCGCUUGGACCUAUCGUUGGUGGUGUCGUAGUCCAGCUGAUACAGUGGCCGUGGUUGUUCUGGAUCGUGAGUAUUUUCGACGCAUUUAUAACCCUGCUAGGUGCUCUUAUUAUAAAAGAGUCCUAUACACCAGUCCUAUUGCGCCGAAAGGCGGCUGCAAAAUCCGGACAGCCAGCCACUCCGGUUUUAUCGCCUACUAAGUGGGCUUACUGGCAUGACUUCUUUUCCCGACUAUCAGUAUAUCUCAAACGACCCAUUCGACUCCUUAUAAGACGACCUAUAAUCCAGUUUGUAUCCCUAAUUUUCGCUUUGGAUUUUGGCAUUUAUACGCUGCUGCUUUCGACAUUCGCGACAUUGUGGAUUGACCGGUACGGCCAAUCCCCCCUCAUUGGAAGUCUGCAUUAUAUCUCGUUCUCGAUUGGAUUUGUUAUGGCUGCACAAAUAGGAAGCCGCUUCAUGGAUUACAUUUAUAAACGCUUAAGGGACCGGCCAGGUAAUAAAGGUGUCGGUAAACCUGAAUUUCGAGUCCCGUACAUGGUGCCUGGUGUUGUUUUCGUUAUUAUCGGCCUCUUCUGGUAUGCAUGGUCCGCACAGUACCGUAUCAUAUGGGUCAUGGUCGAUAUCGGCGCAAUUAUUUUCACGCUGGGAAGCACAAUCCUUUCACAGGCCCUAUUAGCAUACACCUUAGACAUGUUCGGUGAGCUUGGCGCCUCAGCCGGUGCCGCCACUCGACUACUGUCCAACGUCCUAGGAUUCGUUUUCCCGAUCUUUGCCCCUCAAUUAUAUGACCGUUUGGAUUAUGGCUGGGGAAAUAGCCUUCUAGCCUUUAUAUUCUUGGCUCUUGGUAUUCCGGUGCCGAUCAUAUUGUGGAUAUGGGGAGAAAAGCUAAGGGCCUUGGGAAAGAAACACGACGAUAAUGAGUAGAGGGGCUGGGAAGUAUGGGGGGAUGACUACCAUACUCUCCACUGUCUGGAUCUGACGUCUUAAAUAUGUGAAUUUAGCAAAAACAUUCAUGCAAUCUCGAUGGAACGCAAUGGUAAUACUCCAAAAAAUACCGCGGUCUAUCGUCACUGCGCAGUGAUGGCAUACGUCAUUUUUCUUUGCCGAAAAGUGACUGUCACAUUUUGGCACCA